AUGCUUGACCGUUUUAUUAAUGGUAGUGACAAUAAUUUAAUUUAUCCAAUUGCUGGAACACCAAAUCAACCUUAUCUGAGAGAAAAUACAGAAACAAAUUUCAAAGCUGAUGGUUCUCCAGUAAAUUCUCCAACCGACUUACUCUAUGGUACUAAUAUAACUGCGCAAACAAAAACGACUAUUAAAUGUUCUGAUCUAUUAUCCAAUGGAACAUAUCCGAUGCCCCGUUGUUAUUCAGAUAUAAUGUGUAUGUAUGGUGUGCAACAAAAUGACAUAAAUACAAUUUCGAGUUAUCGUUCAAAUAGGUCGACGAGUCACUUGGCUACCUUUUUUGCUCAAUUUAUUUCAUUCGACAUUACAUCAUCAAAAAACACCUUGAAUACUUAUCCGGUGUUUUUACCUGCUGAUGAUCCUUUCUAUGUUCUUAACAGUUCUUCUCCAAACACUCCUCAAAUCGAUGUAAAUUUCCUACCUGCCAACAGAUCAGCUGGUAAUGAUGGUACAAAUCCUCUUACCAGUGGAAUAAAUGUCGUUACUCCUUUCCUUGAUUUAAAUAAUCUUUAUAGCAGUAAUGAUACUUUAAUGUUGAAUAAAUAUCGUGAUACUUCAAGUAACCGUGGAAAAUUAAAGGUAUCAAUUGCUAGUAACGGUGACCAAUAUCCACCAAAAGAUCCCACUGGUGAUUAUGACUUGGGUGCUUCUUCCACUCGUUCUCGAAAUUUAUUCACUUUAGCCAUCCAUACAAUUUGGUUACGAGAACAUAACCGUAUGUGUGAUCAAUUAUAUCAAAUUCAUCAAGAUUCUUGGACAGAUGAUCAAUAUUUUCAGGAAGCUAGACGUUGGACUACUGCUUUUUAUCAAAAAGCGGUUGCAGAAGAAUAUAUUGGGGCUGUUCUUGGUCGUCCUUUACCAGCAUACCAAAGUUAUAAUCCUAAUCUUAAACCAGGAAUAGAUACAUUCUUCGCAACGGUUUCAUUUCGUUACGGACAUAGCGAAUUAAGUGAUUUUUAUCAAAUCCGAGACGAUCGUGGCGAUGUCCUUACUAAUGUUGCUUUGAACGAUAUUAAAGACCUUACACUCUUAGAAAAUUUUGGAUUGGAAAAGGUUCUAUUGUCAAUGGUACUUCAACGUCAAGAAGAUGUGGAUAAUUUCUUAGUAAAUUCAACCAAAAAAGCAAUCGGUCCUGACAAAAACACUUAUGACCUAGCAGCUUUUGAUUUGAUAAGGUCCAGGGAUCGUGGCAUUCCUUUAUACAAUAAUGUGAGACAAUUUUUUAAUUUGCCACAGGCUCAGUCAUUUGCCGAUAUUUCCAGUCGUCCUGAUGUUCAAGCAAAUUUGGCAAAAUUAUAUAUUGAUGUUAAUAAAGUAGAGGCAUUGGUUGGUGUUAUGUGUGAACCUCAUUUAGAUGGUUCUAAUUUUGGUAUGACCAUGAAUGCGAGUAUUAUGACACAAUUUACAAACAUUCGGGAUUCGGAUAGAUUUUGGUAUGAAAAUGAAAAUAUGUUUAGUGAAGAAGAACGAUUAAUAUUACGAAAUACAACAUUUAGAGACAUUAUUAUUCGUAAUAUAAAUUUCGCUGGUUUUCCACAAAAUAUUUGGAGUGUCCAACCUCUAUUUAAAAUUGACAGUAGUCAAGGAGAUAUUUCAUAUACAAACUCGAUUAAGAAUUGGCCUCAAUAUAUAUUGAGUUACAAUGUCGAUCUUUACUAUAUAUAUUUCAAAGUUCAAUUACAGACUUUCAAUGGCAACGGGUGGUUUGGAAUGGGAUUUAAUCCGGAUGAUAAUGGAAUGAAAAAUGCAGACUUUAUUAUUGGAUUUGUUACAAAUGGAAACAAUGUUUCAUUAGGAAAUUAUAUUGCAGUUUAUGGUGGUUACCAUCCUCCUACUCUUGACCCUAAUCAAGAUCCAGAACUUGAGUCUUCGUUAUCAUAUUCAUUUGUUAAUGACGUUGCAGUCAUAACCUUCAAACGAGCACUUUCUCCUAAAGCAGUGGGAAGGAAACAAAUUUCACGCGGUCUAACGAAAUUUGUAAUGGCAUAUAAUCCAAAUAGUAACAUAUUAUCUUAUCAUCAAAAUAAUCGUGUUAUGCAGUUAAUUGACUUUUAUAGUGGUCAACUUUCUUCUUUAACCGCAAAUAACCUUCAAAUGUUUACUCGUGCUGUCCAUGGUGGAGGAAUGUUUAUUACGUGGUGCGUUAUAUUCCCAGGAUCAAUAUUCUUCGUUCGGUAUUAUAAAUUGGUUGGCAGUAUUUCCAUAUCAACGUUUGGUGCUGCUGCUAUAACCACAGUAGUAUCAGUACAAACACCACAUGCUUGGUUAGGAUUGUGUGUGUAUGUCGCUUCAUUUAUUGAAACAGCUUUCGGUUUAAUCGCUAUGUGGGGACAAACUGCUGUUGUAUCAGUUAAUAAGGGAUAUCCAAGAUUUACAAAACGUUUUCAUCAAAUAUUCGGGGGUACUCUGUUACUUGCAGCAUGCAAUACGACAUGGUGGACGGUUGCUUAUCUUUGCUGGAUAUUUUUACUAAUUCUUUAUUUUAUAUUGGGUGAACUUUGGUGGCAUUUCGAACUUUUUAGACGAUUCCGUAGAACUGAAGAUGAAAAUGAGAAAAGAACUAUGUUAUAUGCUCACAUCAGUCAUGAUGAUUUCAUUCAAUUACCUCAAUAUACGUGGGAAGAAUUUAAUGAACGAGUUCAAUUCGGUGCUUACCUUGUUGUUUGUGAUGGAUUUAUAAUAGAUAUUCGCAAGUGGAUUAAUUCACAUCCAGGUGGAAGUCAUAUACUUGAAAGGGUUAUUGGAACAGAUAUCACGAAUGAUUUUUAUAACAAGCAUAAAAAUAAUUAUAUCAGUGAAGAAUUAGAUUCAUCAGAAGUCCCAUUAAUAUCAAAUGAAAAAUCUUCCAUGUUAGAAAAAUACAUAGAUCAUCUUAAAGGAAAGCUCAAGCCUCAAAAAAGAACAACAAUUUCUAGCAUUAUUGACAGUUUUAAUUCAAAAUAUUAUAUGAGUGUUCCCUUGGCACAACAUUCUCACAGUAGAUUUGCUAUUCAGACAAUGGCUUCUAUGGUAAUAGCCAGAAUGAAAGAUGACGAAAAUGUUUUAGAAGGUGCUACCUCCUUUGUAAAUUUAACACUUUUUGAUAGUCAAACUCAGUCAUCAGCUCAAAGCACUACUUUCAUCAAUGAUGAUCAUAUGCGAAAUAUUAAAUUUAAUCGGUAUAAACUUACAAGUAAAGAAAUGGUUAACGCAAAUGAAAAUUCCCCUGUGAUAAAAUUUAUAUUCACCAAAAUUCAUCAAGACAAAAAUGCUUCCAAUGAUAGAUUCCUCCCAGGACAUUUUAUUGAGUUACAAGCUAAAGUAAAAGGCCAAGUAGUAGUUAGAAAAUAUAAUCCAUUGGGAGGCAGAAUGACUAAAUCAUUUUCAAUAUAUGUAAAAAUUUAUCCGAAUGGUCUUUUGUCUCAACAUCUGGAUAAGCAACUUCUAGGAUAUGAAAUUUUGGCCCGUGGACCAUUUGGCACUGGAAUAUACCCUACACCUGGAUCUCCAUCUUUAUUUGGACCUGGGCCUAAAUUAUCACCUUCUAUACAUGGAACCGCAAAAACUCCCUUAUUAAACCCAAAUAAUCCUAAUGGUUGUUGGAAUGAAUUGUACAUGAUUGCUGGUGGUUCGGGAAUAACGCCUAUGUUACAGUUGAUUUUAUACCAAUUGGAAAAAUCAUCAAAAGAAACUGAUCCAAAUAUUCGUUAUAAUAAUAGAAUGCACCUAUUAUAUGGAAAUAAUACAAUUGAUGAUAUUGUUGAUUUUGAACUACUUGAAAGAUUAGCUAUGACUAGUCGUGGGCAACUUACUGUGACAUACUGCCUUGUGCAUCCACCUGAUGAUUGGGAAAAUUUAGAAGGAAAACUUAAUUUAGGUGUAAUUUCAAAAUGGCUACGUACUAUAAGACGUGAAACUCUUAUUUCGUCAUCAUCAUAUAUACCUCUUGCAUUACAGACCCAUCACAUGAGAGCUAGAAUUCAACAUCAUGAUGAUGUUAUAAGUGAAUCAGAAUCAAGAGAAACUGAGCCAUCAACAGAUAAAUUAAAUCUUAAUAUAAGAAAACUUAUACAAGGCAAAGUUGUUGUUUGUGGACCACACUCUAUGGUAAAUACAGUUGAACAAAUAUUACUUAAGAUGGGAUAUAAUGAGA